AUGAAGAAUAAUACAUUAUUUGUUGUACUUGUAAUACUCACAACUGUUGCGGGUGUUCUCGCAGUACCAGUCAAGUGGGCGACGAAUGGACAUUUCUACGAAAUAGCUUCAGCUGGAUCACGUCCAUCAUCUUGGACCUACGCAUUGGCUUGGGCUGCUAGCUACAGGCCCGCCAACAUCCCCGCCAACUAUGUCGGCUACAUCGGCACCAUUACCUCCCUCCAAGAGUACACUUUUAUCUCCUCGUUGAGUGGCGCAACCUCCAGCAACUGGUACACAUCAGUGCUCCGUUUCACUAUGAAUGAGUGGGGUUUCUCUUCUGGUCCUGAGAAGGACACCAUCCUCUACGACUCGAUGCGUGUGCGCUGCAACAGCUUCUGUCUGUUCAAUGUCGACAAGCCCGACUCGCUGCAGGCCAACAACAUCAACUUUGAUCAGGCGUCAAAGACUUUCGUCAACACCUGGUAUGACACCACCACCUCGAUCACACUCUUCUUGGUCGAGUGGGGACCCGCCAACGAGCCAUACGUCGCUCCCGUUUCAACUGCCGGAGGUGUGACCAGCGUCGCCCUCACUGGCUACAACACCGCCAACUUGGUCGUUACCCUCACCCCAUCUGGCGGCUCAGCCGUCAGUGUUCCAGUUGUCUCAACCACAGCCACCAGCGCAACAAUCAGAUUGCCAACUGGCGGUGGAGUCAACACUCUCACCAUCACAGACGGUACCAACACCUACACCAAUACAAUUUACAAAUAUCUUACCCCAUGGAUCAACAUGUUCUACCCUGUAAUGAACUCUGGUGGAUUGAUCACUGUGACUGGUAACAACUUUGGAAAUGUUGCUGCCAACCUUAAGAUUCAAUUGGGUUCUACUCCACAAACUUGUGGACAGGUAACAUUGCUCGCCGAUCAUACUCAAGCCACUUGUUCCCUCCCCUUCACUCCAUCCCCCACCGCCACACUCUUCCCAGUGGUCAUCCAACAAUCCACCUCUGAGAUAUUCAGCACCUACUCUGCCACCAUCUAUGACAAGUACAACAUGAGAGGAAUUGCAUUCCAUCCAAGUCAGAACUCUUACUACCAAUCAUACUUGUUCAUCACUGGAACCAAUCCACCAUACUAUCUGGACAACUACAGACACUAUGGAGGCAUUCCAAGUUCAGCCACUCAGAUCGCCAUGGUCAAGAAUGUUUACCCAUUCUCCAAGAUUGCCUUUGACUACCACGUCGCCGCCGCCGGUACCGGCACCGGUGCCCAAAUGGCGUCCUGGGGCGGUCCAUUCGACAACACCACCAUCGUCACCAGUAGCAGAGUUUGUGAUGCAUCCAAGCUUGUUGCCUGUCCAAACGGAUACGCUGGUGCUUUGUCCAGCGGCCAGACCUCCUACUUCCAGUACCGUGACGACAUCUAUGGCAUUAGCGGAGACAAUGACGAUGGAUGGCACGGAAACAUCAUCAUGUACGGCAUCAACCCAACCAUCUCUGACACUGGCUUCAAGUUUGUCAACACCUCUGGUGGAGCCGUCAACAUCACCAUGCCAAUUGGCAUGGGCUUUACCUUCACCACUCGUACCAUCGCCCUCAAUGGAAUCACCGUACCCUACACUCUCACCCCAUUCUUUGCCGACAACAAGCUUCAGAUCACCGUCCCAGCCGGCACUGGUGUUCCCAAGUCAGCCAACUUCUUCUUUGAGAACAUCAAGGUUGGCGGUCCAUCAUUCGGUUACAACAUCCCAUACGCCGAGUCCAUCUCAUCGCCAGGCACUCAGGGUGACACUGUGAUCAUCAGAGGCUACAACUUUGGUUCCAACGCCAGCUUGAUUAGCGUCAAGAUCAACAGCAACACUUGUUCAAAUGUCGCAAUCGUCCUCGCCCACUACACCAUCUCCUGUACCGUCCAGCCCGGCGCAGGCAGUGGCUACCCAGUCAUAGUCACCGUCGACAGCCUCGUCCAGACCAACAACCUCCAGAUGAGCUAUGCUGCUCCCCUCGUCACUGGUUCCCAGCACAACGGUGCCAAGCUUACACUCUUUGGCAACAACUUUGGUGGCCCCCUCAGCGGCGUCUUUGUCAACAUCCCUGACAAAAUCCAAGCCGACAGCUCAGUGUUCAACGGCUCAGUCUACAUCAUGGACAUCACUCUGCCCAUCAUCGCUAGGAAUGGUCCAGUCUACUUGACCGUCUCGGGUGUCUCUGCCAACAGAUGGGACGUCAACUACACUCCAUCGCUCGUGUCCCUCGCACCCCUCGUCAGUGCCAAUGGAGGCGACUUGAUCAAGCUCACCGGUAACUUCCUCAACACAAUUCGCCAAGGUGGCGACAACACCGACAUGGUCAUCGCUCUUGGUGGCAACAACUGCACAUCACCAUACUUCUCGUCUGACGCCCAGUACACCUACCUCCAAUGUGUGUCGCCAAAGGGCACCGGUAAGGGUCUCAGUGCUCAAGUGACAAUUGAUGGCGUGGCCUCCAAUGUGCUCAACACCUUUGCCUACCUCCCACCCAACGUCACCAACUUCAUGCAGAAUGGAAUGGUCGCCACUAUCGCCGGAGACAACUUUGGCGAGGACUUCUCCGUCAUCACAGUCACCUACAACACCGACCUGCCCGUGGCGGCCACCAGCAUGCACUUGAUGCGUAACUCAAUCGUCGUGCCCAUCCCAGGCUCCACCACCAACGGUGAGUUGGUAGUCCGCGUCAAUGGUCAGGACUCUACACCCUUUGUCUUCAAGGUCGCACCAGUGAUCACUGCCGUCAACACCAUCCCCACAAUCGGAGGUGAUGUUGUCAUCACUGGACACUUCUUCAACCCAACUGACUUCUACGGCCAGACUUUGGCACGCUCCGUCUUCAUCCACGGCAUCGAGUGUCAAACAUCUCGAAUCUCCGCACCCAACACUGAGAUCAUCUGUGAGGGUCCCGCUGGAACUGGUGCCAACAACGCUUUGACUGUCACCAUCGACGGUGUCUCCGGUGCCUUUACCUUUGCCUACAUGGCACCAACUAUCACCAACGUCGCCACUACAGAGACCUCAUUCAUUGUGACAGGAACCAACCUUGGUUCGGAUGAGACCGUGAUCUUUGCCUCAAUAGAGACUGAUGGAGGAAUUGUCAAUGUCACCGCUUCGGCUGUCACCAACGACGUUGCCCAGGUCGUCACCAUCCCAAGCGUGCCAGAGACCACCCUCAACGGACAACUCAUGCUCACUGUCAACCAUCAAACAUCCAACGGUCUGUCAUACGUUAUCGUUCCAAUCAUCACCAGCACUACCCAGUCGCCAACCAUGGGAGGAUCCGUUGUGAUCACCGGUAGCCACUUGACUGGCAGACGUGCCAACUCUGACAACACCACUGUCUCGGUAACCGUCGCCGGUCAACCAUGUACCAACGCCGAGGUAUCCCAGUUCACCAGCCUGACCUGUAAUGCUCCAGCCGGCACUGGCCUUUCCAACGAGUUGAUCGUCUCGAUUGAUGGCACACCAUCACGCUCAAUCAGCCUUGCCUACCUCCCACCCAACAUCGUCUCUGUCGUCCAGAACGAGAUGACCGUGACCAUCACAGGUACCAACCUCGGAUCAAACACCGCCGUCGCCUCCAUUACCUAUGGUACCUCGCAAGCAAAUGCCAACGAAGCCACUGACACCUCCUUGGUUGGACCAAUCCCCAACCAGGCCAAGAGUGGCAAGGUCUUCGUCAAGAUUGACUCGCAGACCUCCAACGAGCUCGACAUGACCCUCAUCCCCAUCCUCAAGGGUAUUGGUUCAACCAGCACUGCUGGUGGCCAGAUCGAGAUCCAAGGUUACUUCCUCAAUGGUGAUCGCCAGAAUGGUACCCAAACCGACAUCCAGGUAUCCUUUGGUUUUGCCUCUGGCGCGCAACCAUGCACUCAGGCCCAGUACUCCAGGAGUGACUCACAGUACACUUACAUUAGCUGCAAGGCUCCAGCAGGCACCGGUAGCAAGGUCACCGUCACAGUUACUAUCGAUGGCCAGUCCGACACUAUCCCCUUCAGUUACGACGCCCCAACCCUCACCAGCAUCGAUGUUAGCACUUCCAACAUGAUCACCCUUACUGGUACCAACUUUGGCUCGAGCAGCUCCGACGUUGUCAUCACCUACGGUGACAACCCCGUCGCCACUUUCACCCUGGUUGAUGACACUCACAUCAGAUUCCAGGCACCCGCCGACGCAGUCAAUGCCUUGGUCACAGUCAGUAUCCAGGAGAGAACCUCCAACGGUCUCCGCGCCAACUUGUUCCCAAUGAUCUCUGUCGUCACAGGCUCAGAUACCCAGGGAACAUCUGUCACCAUCACUGGUUCCUACUUGAACCGCUUCUCAUACGGAAGUCGUGCCACUGAGGUCAUCGUCCAGGUCGACUCUGCCAACUGCACUUCAGUGUCAUGGCCAUCAGACAACACCCAGCUUGUGUGCACUGCUCCACGCGGUACCGGUUUCGUCCACAAGAUUGGCGUGUCAAUCGAUGGACGUGCUAGCAACCAGAUCAACUUCAAGUACAACCUCCCAACAAUCAUCAACAUCACCCAGAAUGUCGAUGUGAUCACCAUUUCUGGAACCAACUUUGGCACCAACUCUGCCCUCGUCUCGCUCUCCAACGGAUACGCCAUCAGCCAGAUCACCGACUAUACCAUCGUUGCCACCCUCGCAACAAAUGCCCUUAACAACUACUUCAACGUCUCUGUGGACUCACAGAUCUCCAACCAGUUCUUGCUCCAGAUCCAGCCAGUCAUCACCAACACUCUUGGCGUGUCCCCAUACGGUGGCAACGUCUUUAUCCAGGGUCGCUACCUCAAUGACCGCACUGGCUACGGCACCCCAACCACCAUCGUCAUCACCAUUGGCGGACAGCCAUGCACCUACAAGAGCACUCAAGGCAACAGCCAGAUAAUCUGUGAGCUCGACCAAGGCUCAUUCAACUCUGUCACUGUCAACGUGACCAUCGAGUCCAAGACCGGCCAAGGACUGUACUCUUCACUUGCCCCAGCUAUUCUCUCGUCGACCAAGCUCUGGUACCAAGUUGUUGGUAACAUCACCAUCACCGGAUCCUACUUCUACGCUCCAAUCUCUGUAGCUGUCUCAGGUCUCGACUGCAUCUACCCAGUUCUUGUCAACUCGACCACCAUCACAUGUCAGUACGACGCCACCUACCUCAUCCCCAACAAUGGUCUUCAGAACAUCACCGUCACUUCGGCCUCCCUCAAGAAUGCCAGCCCAGUCUUCUCCUACCUCGAGGAGGCAUGUGACAACAACUGUACCGGUAACGGAGAGUGUAUCUCUGGCCUGUGCAGAUGUUUCGCCGGCUUCUCUGGCUCGCUCUGCAACGUCAAGUAUGACGCCACCGUUAUCCCAACUACCACCCGCCGCACUGCCGUGUUCAUGUCCAACUCCACCUUUGGCAUGUACCUUGAGGGAGUGAAGGAGGUCACACCACAGGGCACCACCGUCAAGUCGUUCAACAUCAACAAUGUGACCAUGACAUGGACCAACGUUGUUUCGCUCGACAACAACAACGUCACCCAGGUUGUGUCUUUGGCCGUUGCCAACGAUGGCUCCUCAUUCUCCGUUGAGAUCGACUCGCUCCAGUACAAGGUCGACAACUUUGUCCAGUUCGUCGGACAAAACGUCAGCAACAUUGCCAACAGCAUUAAGCACCAGGUCAGAUUGACCAACUGGACAUUCGCCAACGCCGCCAACACCUUGCAGGUCAUCUACAGAAUCACAUACCUCGAGUAUGAGACAUACGAGUGCAAGAACAGCAGCAUUGCCCCAGCUUUCGUCAUGAACAACAUCACCGGUUCACUCAAGACCUUCACCAUCGACACACCAUACGGAGUGUUUGUUGGUAGUUUCUCCAACCGUCACAUCGCAGACAAGGUCAACAAGUUGCUCAAUGUCCAGCAAGUGCCCGCCGACGAGUCCUUCCCCGCCAUCGAUGGCUUGGGCAGCGUGCUCGUGGCUCUCAACAUCCCAUCAUUCACCAAGCAGGCCUACUAUGACCCAACAUUCAUCUCCUACUCCAAGGCCAACAUUCCAGAUUCCGAUUGUGACACUCACAGCUCUGGAAAGUCUCGUUCAUGGGUCCUACCCGUCGCCAUCGUCCUUUCGAUCGUUGGUGCUGCUCUCAUCGGUCUUGCCGGUUACCUCGUAUACCGUCGCAGACAAAGAUCAAUCAAACCAUAA